AUUACGGAUACCGGUUGGCGCUGUGAGAGGCGCGGGUGCUAGCUAACGUGCCCGACUAACCGUAGCGUCUUUCAUUAUCAACAACUAUAUUUUGGGGUUUUUGCUCCCAUCAAGUUCAGUAAUUCGUUAACGGCGAUUGGCUAUCAUCACACAGGACAUAUUGUAUUUGCCGGUAGUUUUGAGUCAAGAGGAUAAUUUUACCAAAAAUGUCCGAAAGUAUUACCUGCGUGGAGCCGCGGGAAGAGAAUACUGAACUUGAAGAAGCCGGGGGAGCCGAAGAGGAAAAGUCUGACUCUUCGGAUGCUGGAAAGGAGUCCUCCUCAGAUGCUGGUCCCGACGGACAAGAUGCAUCCUCCUCCUCAUCGACCAAAACUAAAGAUUCCGCUCCAGGUUAUGAGGAGAAGGUGCAAACGGACCGGACCAACAGAUUUGAAUAUCUGUUGAAGCAGACAGAGCUGUUUGCUCACUUCAUUCAACCAGCUGCACAGAAGACCCCCACCUCCCCUCUGAAGAUGAAACCGGGCCGUCCUCGGAUCAAAAAGGACGAGAAACAGAACUUGCUGUCUGCUGGGGACAACCGCCAUCGCCGCACAGAACAAGAGGAGGACGAAGAACUUCUCAACGAGAGCACGAAGACCACUAAUGUCUGCACUCGCUUUGACGAGUCCCCAUCAUAUGUAAAAGCUGGAAAAAUGAGGGACUACCAGGUCCGGGGUCUUAACUGGCUCAUUUCUUUGUAUGAGAACGGAAUCAACGGCAUUCUUGCAGAUGAAAUGGGUUUGGGAAAGACUCUCCAGACCAUUGCCCUGCUGGGAUACAUGAAGCACUACAGAAACAUCCCCGGUCCGCACAUGGUUCUGGUCCCCAAGUCCACCCUCUACAACUGGAUGAACGAGUUCAAGCGAUGGGUGCCUUCUCUCCGGGCAGUGUGUCUGAUUGGAAACAGAGACGAGCGAACAGCUCUGAUCAGAGAUGUGCUGCUGCCAGGAGAGUGGGACGUCUGUGUCACGUCCUACGAAAUGCUCAUCAUUGAAAAGGCGGUUUUCAAGAAGUUCAACUGGAGGUACCUGGUCAUCGACGAAGCUCACAGGAUCAAGAAUGAGAAGUCAAAGCUAUCGGAAAUCGUGCGCGAGUUUAAAACCACCAACCGACUGCUUUUGACUGGCACUCCUCUUCAAAAUAACCUCCAUGAACUGUGGGCUCUGCUCAACUUCCUGCUUCCAGACGUCUUUAAUUCAUCAGAGGACUUUGAUUCCUGGUUUGACACAAACAACUGCUUGGGUGACCAAAAGCUGGUUGAACGUCUUCACACUGUGUUGAGACCCUUUUUGCUGCGUCGUAUCAAAGCAGACGUAGAGAAGACUCUGCUUCCCAAAAAAGAGGUCAAGAUUUAUGUGGGCCUAAGUAAAAUGCAGAGAGAAUGGUACACAAAGAUUCUCAUGAAGGACAUAGACAUCCUGAACUCUGCUGGAAAAAUGGACAAGAUGCGCUUGUUGAACGUCCUCAUGCAGCUGAGGAAGUGCUGCAAUCACCCCUACCUGUUUGACGGGGCGGAGCCAGGCCCACCGUACACCACAGACCUCCACCUGGUGGUGAACAGUGGUAAAAUGGUGGUGCUAGACAAGCUGCUGCCCAAGGUGAAAGUGCAAGGUUCUCGUGUGCUUAUCUUCAGUCAGAUGACCAGGGUGCUGGACAUCUUGGAGGACUACUGCAUGUGGAGGAACUAUGAAUACUGUCGUCUUGACGGACAGACUCCACAUGAGGAGCGGCAGAUUUCCAUCAAUGCGUACAAUGAACCCAACAGUACCAAGUUCAUCUUCAUGCUGAGUACCAGAGCUGGAGGGCUGGGUAUAAACCUGGCAACAGCCGAUGUGGUCAUUCUAUACGACUCUGACUGGAACCCUCAGGUUGACCUGCAGGCUAUGGACCGAGCUCACAGGAUUGGGCAGCAGAAGCAGGUGCGUGUUUUCCGUUUCAUCACUGAAAACACUGUGGAGGAGAGGAUUGUGGAGAGGGCUGAGAUGAAGCUGCGCUUGGACUCUAUCGUCAUCCAGCAAGGAAGACUUGUAGAUCCCAGUGCUAACAAACUGGGGAAGGAUGAGAUGCUGUCCAUCAUCCGCCACGGCGCCACGCACGUGUUUGCUUCCAAAGACAGCGAGAUCACAGAUGAUGACAUCGAUGCAAUUCUGGAGCGUGGUGAAAGGAAGACUAUGGAGAUGAAGGAGAAACUUUCUUCUCUGGGGGAGAGCUCUCUGAGAAACUUCACUAUGGACACAGAGAACAGCAGUGUGUACACGUUUGAAGGGGAGGACUACAGAGAGAAGAAGAAGGUCAUCACCAACUGGAUUGAACCCCCGAAGAGAGAGCGGAAAGCCAACUAUGCUGUGGAUGCCUAUUUCAGAGAGGCUCUUCGAGUCAGUGAGCCCAAGGCUCCAAAGGCUCCUCGGCCCCCCAAGCAACCAAAUGUCCAGGACUUUCAGUUCUUCCCUCCACGCCUCUUUGAGCUUUUAGAGAAAGAAAUUUUGUACUACAGAAAGACAAUAGGAUAUAAGGUUCCACGCAACCCGGAUCUGCCCAACUCCGCUCAGGUCCAGAAAGAGGAACAGGCCAAGAUCGACGAGGCUGAAGCUCUGUCUGAGGAAGAGCUGGAGGAGAAAGAGAACCUUCUGCAGCAGGGAUUUACAAUUUGGAACAAACGUGACUUCAACCAGUUCAUCAAAGCCAAUGAGAAGUGGGGAAGGGAUGAUAUUGAGAACAUUGCCAGGGAAGUGGAGGGGAAAUCUCCAGAGGAAGUGAUGGAGUAUUCAGCUGUAUUCUGGGAGCGAUGCAAUGAGCUGCAGGAUAUUGAAAAGAUCAUGGCUCAGAUAGAAAGAGGAGAAGCUCGGAUUCAGAGGCGGAUCAGCAUCAAGAAGGCUCUAGAUUCAAAGAUCGGGCGCUACAAGGCUCCCUUCCAUCAGCUCAGAAUCUCCUACGGCACCAACAAAGGCAAGAACUACACAGAGGAGGAGGACCGCUUCCUCAUCUGUAUGCUUCACAAGCUGGGCUUCGACAAGGAGAGCGUGUACGAUGAGCUCCGUCAGUGCAUCCGCAACUCGCCUCAGUUCCGUUUCGACUGGUUCCUCAAAUCCAGGACCGCCAUGGAGCUCCAAAGGCGAUGCAACACUCUGAUCACACUGAUAGAAAGAGAGAACAUGGAGCUGGAGGAGAGGGAGAAGGCAGAGAAGAAGAAGCGGGGACCAAAGACCGGUUCGGCACAAAAACGAAAGGCAGAGGGGACAUCUGACGGUCGGGGGCGCAGGAAAAAACUUAAAUUGUAAAGCUGUUUUAUAAUGUGCAGUCAUUUUUUUUUUUUUUUUUUUUAAAGCAGCAGUCAGCUACAGUAUCAUUAGUCCUAGUAUCUGUUCAUUUUGGAAGCAAUGAUUAUCUACUGUGUAAAGUCCCAAAUAGAUCAGUAGAAAGUGUUCUUCUAUGGGCCUGCCUUUUUGUCUCCUACCUAAACACUUGCAGCUGAGCUGUUUUAGUUUUGUUAGUUUUUUUUUUCUUUUUUUUUUUUUUACUUGUAGUUAACAGAAAAAAAUGUAUUUAUAAUUGGUUGUACUGCAUUACAUUGCUUGAAACAACAUGUACCCUUGUUUUAAAAAAACAUGUUUUGUCAUCUUCCCGUGUAAAGUAGAAAAUGUCAAUGUGAGCGUCACAAAUAAACAUUUCUUUUUUUCUAAAA